UUUUAAGUUUCGGGGUGGGAUUUCGGGAGAGAUGCCGUCUAAUAAGAGUGUCUCAGAUGCCCCGAUCACACAGUUUGUGAACUGCAGGAUACUGAAGGAUCACAAGCUGCAAUGGGAAGACCUGUGGGUUCGUGAGGGCAAGAUUUUGAACCCGGAGAAGCUGUUCUUCGAUGAGGAGGGUUUUGCGGAUCACAAAGUUGACAGCGAGGAUAAAAUCAUUGCACCUGGAUUCAUAGAUGUACAGAUAAAUGGUGGAUACGGCAUCGACUUCUCCCAGGCCAGCGGUGACAUCAGAGGAGGCGUGGCUCUGCUGGCCAAAAAGAUUCUAGAACACGGUGUCACUUCCUUCUGCCCGACCCUUGUCACAUCUCCACCAGACAUAUACCAUAAGCAUGUUUUUAUUCCUUCAUUCUUGAUUUCAGGCACUACAACUUUGAGUGGCAGUAUUGCGACCAUGGACAUGUGUGUGAGACACUUCAGAGAGGCAUCAGGUUGUACAGUAGAAGCUGCAUUAGAAGCUGCAUCGCUGCAUCCUGCUCAGCUGCUGGGCAUCAGUCACAGGAAGGGAACGCUGGAGUACGGCACUGAUGCAG